AUGUCUAAUUUUGAUGAUAUGGCAAUGUUGUUUGCCAUUAACAACGCCGAGGAACACGAAAAUCAUAAUAUAUAUUAUGAAAGACAAACUAGAAAUACAGAAAAUGUGACAGAUCCUUUUACAUUGUCAGAUCGUUUAUUUAUUUUUGUAACUUUGAAUUUUUUGGAUACGGGCUCAUACCAGUCUCCAAUUGGUAAUAGCAGAUUUAUGGCUCUAUCACAACCAACAGUAUCCCGUUGCAUAAGUGAGGUUGUGGCUGCACUUAAUCUACCCGAAAUAUUUAACCUUUGGGUUAAAUUUCCAAAAAAUGUUAAUGAGCUUACCGAUAUCCGUAAUGGUUUUUAUAGAGAUACAGGAUUUCCUGGCGUUAUUGGCUGUAUUGACUGUGCGCACGUAGCAAUCACACCUCCUUCAUCAAAUUUAAACUUGGAUGAAAACCAGCAUCCUGAGUAUAUAUAUGUAAAUCGCAAAGGAUAUCAUUCAAUCAACGUCCAAUUGAUUUGUGAUUCCAAGUUAAAGAUAUUAAAUGUUAAUGCACUAUUCCCGGGCAGUACUCACGAUAUUCAUGUAUGGAACAACAGUUCUGUGUUACCAAUAUUUGAUUCUGGAUACCCUCUGCUUCAAUGGCUACUAACACCAAUAUCAAAUCCUACCACUGAAGCCGAGGCAUUUUAUAAUAAAAGGCAAAUGUCAACCAAGAGCGUAAUUGAACGAUGCAAUGGAGUGUUAAAAAUGCGAUUUAGAUGCUUUUUAAAAGAUAGAACCUUACACUAUAAACCAGAAAAGGCAUCUUCUAUUAUAAAUGCAUGUAUAGUGCUGCACAAUAUGUGUAUCACAAACAACAUAGAGCUGAUUGAUGAACCUGAUAUCCAAGGGCUUGAUAAUACGGGCAGAUAG